AUGGCCUUUGAUGAGAGGACCUAUGAGACGCCAGCCGGCUCAGAGUCUCUGGCAGCCAGCAGCAGCUGGAAAGAGGGAGGAAGGAGUGUGAGGAGGCUGGAGGCUGGUGGGCCACUCAGGACCACAGGCUCCUAUUUCUUUGCUUCUUACCUGGACCUGCAGGAGGCAAAGUGCAGUGGCUAUGGCUCCUGCGGUGUCUGUGACCGCUCCAGAACGCAGUUGGCACACUGUGGCAUUCCUGCACACAGGGAGGCCAUGACUGGGCUGGAGAGGGGGCCAGAAGUGGCAGCGAGUGGGCAGUUGUGGAAGAAAGCUUAUCAGUUGGAGUAUGGAAUCUGCUCGGUCAUGCUUGGUUCUGACAUCAGUUUCGCUGAAGAGCAAGGAGAAGCUGGAAGUAUGGCAGGAAAGACCCCUAAGAAGUCCUCCAUCCCUGGCGUGAGCAUCCGGCAGCUGGUGGACGAGAUCCCCGAGGGCUGCAGCACACCAGAUUUCAAGCAGAAACCUGUCACCUUGGCUCUCCCAGAGGGAAAGAAUGCCAUUUUUCGGGCGGUGGUCUGUGGGGAACCCAGGCCUGAAGUGCACUGGCAAAGCACCAAAGGGGAUCUCCACAACUCCAGCAAGUACCGGAUCUCCUCUGCCCCUGGAGGCGAAGAGCAUGUGCUGCAGAUCAACAAGCUGACUGGAGAGGACUCGGAUCUGUACCGCUGCAGAGCCGUGAAUGCCUACGGAGAAGCCACGUGCUCAGUGAGGCUCACCGUCAUCGAAGUGGGUUUUCGGAAGAACCGAAAAAGGCAAAAGGAACCUCAGGAGGACCUCAAGCAAGAGCUGAUAGACUUUCGGAAGAUGCUGAAAAAGAGGACCCCACCUCCAGCGCCUGAUAAAAAGACGGAGUCUGCGCAGGUGUGGCAGCUGCUCAUGACUGCAGACCGUAAGGACUAUGAGAAGAUCUGUAUGCAGUACGGCAUCGUUGACUUCCGCGGCAUGCUGCGCAAGCUGCAGGAGAUGAAGAAGGAACAGGAAGACAGAAUGGUACAGUAUGUCCACGCCAUUGCCAACUUGAGACACAUCAGGGUCACCAAGGAAGGGGUCGCCACGUUUGACCUGGAGCUGGAUCUCAAGGACUUUGGGAGCAAGAUUUACCUGUACAAGGAUGGUGAGAUGAUUCCCUAUGGCUUCGAUAACCAGACCAAGCACUGUCUGAGACGACUGGGGAAACGCUACCACUUCCAGAUCCAGGACCUGCGGCCCGAGGAUGCUGGCCUUUACCAGGUCAUGGUGGAGGAUGCUGUGGUCUUCUCCACAGAGCUAGAGGCCAGCACCAUUCCCCCAAGAGUGGUGGUCCCGUUGGCAGAGGCCCGCUGUGAGGAACAGGGUGAUGCUGUCUUUGAAUGUACACUCUCCAAUCCGUGUCCCAAUGCUGCCUGGCAUUUCCAGCACCGAACACUGAGACUCAGUGACAGAUAUGAAAUCUCUGUGUCCCCUGAUGGGCUAACCCACCGGCUGGUUGUGAAGGGGGCUAGUUGCUCAGAUAUGGGCCUUUACUCGUUGAACACAGGACUCCACGCCUCCAGCGCCUGGCUGGUAGUUGAAGGUGGGAUGGAGAAAGGCCCUCAGACCACAGAUACUGACCACCACCGACUGCAAACUCCAGACGCUCUGGCCUCAGAAGCAGAAGACUCUGGGGGCAUCAGCGACAAGGGAGGGCAAUGCAGAGAGCUGGGCUCCCUCAAGGAGACUAGUGGGGCACAGCUCACAGCAGGCCCAGAUAGGGGUGCCUUUGACAAGCAGGGCUGUUUCUCGGUGGGAGGUGAAGGAUUAGCUAAUUCAGCCUGGGGCCCUGGCCAGAACACAAAAGGCUUUCUGGGAAAAGACCCAGGCAGAGUCGCUUUUCCUGGGGACAGUCAGUCCCACAGAGAGGGAGACUGUGGUAGAUGCCCCCCUGGAAGGGGAGGGGACACAGAGUCAGGUAUGGGCUUUGUGGAAAGACAACAAGAUCAUGGCAGAAGUGACAAAGGGAAUGGCAGAUGGGUGACAGCGGGAGGUUGGGAGGCCGGCUCCAGUCACCCUCAGGCUGGGAGGCUUGAGAGCAACAGAGAAGGAAGCAAGCCCAGAGAGGGUUCUGGCAGUGAACUGGACAGCUAUGGGCAGGGACAGCUCCGUGACCCUCACGUGGGAGCUGGGGCAGGCCAGAGGGUGUUGUGGGGAUCCCACUCUGAUGCUGAGGGGUUUCCACUGAAAAAGGAAGGGGCAAAAAUGUGGGGUGAUCAUAUGGAUGAGAUGGAAGGAAGGGGUUACCUGAGCAGGGAGAGAGAAGCAGAGGCAGGAUGGACUAGUGGGGCCUGCCUGGGGGACGUGAGAAGCCGCAGUAGGCCAGGAAGUUCUUGCGACCCUGAGUUUCCUAGAGGAAAAGGUCACAGCCCUGAGGUAGGAACGGACUGUGAGUGCUGGGGCAUUCAGGCAGGUGGAGAUACUAGCCAUGGAGAAGCUGGGGUGUACUGGGAGGCAGGGGGGUAUCCAGGACAGACAUCAGCUGGCAAGGACACCCAGAAACCAUCACUAUCUGGAGCCAGGAAAGUUCUGGGGUGCAGGAGUGGUAAGGCCAAGGAUGAGGGCUCUUUGCAAGGGGCAGGUGGUCAUAGUUUUGUGGAGAGAGGCUAUGAAACUGUCCCCGAGGGUCUAGAAGAUCCCAGAGACUGGAGAGGUGGCCUCCAAGAGCUCCAGGGAAGGGAUGGUCAAGGCACAGUUGGAGCCUUGGGCAGGAUGGAGGAAGGCUCCAGAAAUCUCCAGUUUUCUCAGGACUGGACAGUGGGUCAGAGGGGCACAGGGGAUCCAGGCAGAAUGGAGUGUGAAAAGGUGGGUCCUCAGGGUGACACGUGGUCUAAUCUCAGAAGAACUGGGGCCCACUUUGGGUCUGGUGGGAAGGAAGGGAGCACGGGUGGUUCCCAAGUAGCUGGACGGAUGGUGUCUAGUCAGAAGGUAGAUGCCGGAAACCACAGGCUUGUUACAUCUCCAGAUCUGGGUGUCCAGGGCUCUGGGGGAACAAUGGGAGACAUGGAAGGAUUAGGAGACCCAGGGGCAGUAGGAUCCAAACCAGAUUUCUGGGAUGGGUCAGAGAGAUCCAGAGAAAAGGGGUCCAGAGGAGGGAUGGACUGCAAGGGGGGCUUAGGUGGUCCAGGGUGGGCAAAGUCUAGGUACGAGGAUGGUUCCAGGUGCUCUGAAGGCAUGGGUUCUAGGAAUGGAGCUGCCUAUCAUGAUGGUUCAGGUGUGCUAGAUGCAACAGGAACUGGCCUUGGCAUUGAUUGCAGAGCUACCUGUGAGACACCUGUGGAGACAGAGCCUGGGGAAUGGGGUGCUCACAGGCACAAUUCUGGGGUGUCUAGGGGACUGUGGUCUGGAAACAAAGAUCAGUGUAGUCCUGUAGGAAAGAUGUCUGGGAGAGAUGCCAGCCUCAGAAAUGGCUCAGGUGGCCUCUGUGGAGCUCAGCACUGGGACAUAUUUCAAGGUCAGGGUCAAGCAGGCCCUGGUGGAGAACACUGCUUGGAUGGUGACUUAGAGAAUCCUGGGACCGUGGGAUCUGUGGGUGGAGAUGGCGUGAAGGCCCCUGGGACCGUGGGGUCUGUGUGUGGAGAUGGUGUGAAGGCCCCUGGGACCGUGGGAUCUGUGGGUAGAGAAUGUGUGAAGGCCCCUGGGACAGAGGGAUCUGUGGGUGGGGAUGGUGUGAAGGCCCCUGGGACAGUGGGAAACGUUGGGGACAGACACAUGGAAGAAGAACCAGGGAAUGCUGUAAGAAUACAUUCUUGGGGUCACCCUGGAGGUUAUGAGGGCUUCAAAGUCCUGGGGGCAUCUAGAGAAGGAGAUUUUGAAGAUGGCACUGGGGUUCCAUUACCUAUGGAACUAGGAUCUCUGGAGAGAGGAGACAGGGAAAGAGAUGGGGAAAGGAUCAGGUUCCUUGGUGCCAGGACCUCUGGAGCUGGGUCUGGGAAUUUGGACAAAGCCAGGCACCCUGAGGCACUAUCUCCUCAGGCUGAGGUUGGCUCUGAAGGCCACUGGGCUCACGUGCCUGGCAAUGAAUUUGGUUACAGGGAUGGAUUGGGAAUUCCAGAACCUUGGGGGACUGGGGACAGAAUAGCUUAUGGAGAUGGGUCAAGGGGUCUUGGUUCUGAGAGAACAGGGCUAGAUGGUGAAGCAGUAUUUAGAGAUGGCUCAGAAGGCCUCAGAGGAAUGGGACCAGCAGCUGGGGGCUCUGGGGCCAUGGGAUCAGGGUGCCAGGUAGAUUAUAGGAAUGAUAUUUGGUGUUCUGGAGUUGCGGGGUCAGAGAGUGAGACAGGUUAUAAGGAUGACUUCCAGGGUCAUAGGGUCAGGGAACUCGGGAGUAUAGCAGGUCACAAAAAUUUAGGAGUUUCUGAAAUUAUUUCAUUAAGGGACGCGGCCAGUUGUCAAGGUGGUUCAGAACAUUCUGGAGGGAUUUUGUCAUGGAAUGAAGCAGAUUUAAAGGAUGGUUUGAGGGAAACAGGAAGAACGGAAUCCAAGAAUGAGGUUGGCUAUAGCGGAAGCUCAUUGGGGCCUGGGAAGAUGAGAUCAGAGAGUAAAAUGCACUAUGCAGAUGGUUCAGAAAGGCAGGGAGGACCAGGGCCACUGGCUGCACCCUGCGAACAUGAAUCCAUGGGUCUUGGGUCAGGAUUCGGGGUAGCAGCAGAGGUAGGCACAAGCUCCAAGGAUGAAGCAGAAAAGGGCAGAGGGAUGGUGCUUGCAGAUGAGACAAGGCCUGGGGUAGGCUCUGGGGUGACUGGGGUACUGAAUACUACAGGUAGCAUCGCACACAGGGACAGUGCUAUGGGCCAUGGGAAGCUGGGGACACCAGGGAAGUCAUGUAUCUUUUCAGGUGGGCAGAGUAUCAAGAACAGUCUUGGGGGCUGUGAACUCUCAGGAAUCCCUGAAGACUUGGGUGCUGUUGGUUCUGUGGGGAAAUCAAGUAUCAGGGAAUGGAAAGAUGGUUCUGUGUUUCUGGGAUCUCCUAGAAAUAGUGGGACUCCCAGUGGGGAGGGAGGAUCUAUAGACCAAGCAGGAGCUGUGGGGACUCCUGGGAGAGGUGGAGGGACAGUGGGGGGUGAGGGUGGGUCUGAGGUAGCUGCUCUGGAGUCAGGAAAUGAUUCAGACUUCAGUAAAUUAGGCUUGGGGACAACAGGCAGGUGUAGAGUUGCUGGCCAGGGGGAAGCAACACCUCAGGGAUGUGGAGACUCCCUGAAAAGCAGGAGGAGGGGAACCAGUUCUCGGGGCUUGUCAGGGCCAGGUCAGGUGACAGACAACAGCUCUGCUCCUGGGAGAGAGACCAAGUCAGUGUUGGGACCUGACAGUGGGCAAGAUAUGGGCCACAUUCGGGCUCCAGGCUGGGAAGACCAGGUUCAAGGCAGCUUCGGGACUUCUAGCUCACUGGGGGAGAACUACACCAUUUCCAGGCAAACACAGGAGGAACAAGGAGCCUCUAAGGGCAGGGGAUACGCAACAGGCCAGGAGGCUGCUGCUGAAUGUGAAGGUCCGUGCUCUUUGGAGAGCAGAGGCUCGGGUUAUAGAAGGGGCAGGGUUGGUUGGACAGAGGACUCAAGUGUCCUAGGCAGAAGGAAUUCUGCUAUGGGUGGAGAUGGUGCCAUUUCAAUACCCCAGGGGCCCCGGGAUAAACUGGAUAGUCCACUAGGCAGAAGGGACUUCAGAAGUGUAUCAGGAGGAAUCCAGGAACCAGGUUGUCAGCUAGCUACAGGACAGGGAGAUGGACGAGGGUCCCUCCAGGAGUGGGGGUCCUGGGAGGCUAAGACUGGCGAAGUCCAAGGAUCCAGGGCCUCAAAGAAGUAUGACGGGCAUGGGGGGAAAGGCUUUGGUGGGUUAGGCAGGGGGUCUGGUCCCUGCGGAAGCAGGUAUGAAGCACAGUUUGGAACUGAAGUUGAAUCAGCCAAGAGAGGGGCUAUAGAGAGGGCCAGAGGCCUGGGGCAUUGGACUAGCAUUGAGGACAGAGGGUCUCUGGGAGAAUCUUGGAGUGAAGAUGGGAGGCCAGACCCCCACAGGCAUCUUGGCAGCAGGAGAGAUACUCAAGACGGCAGGUCGGGUGUCUGUGGGCAGGGACAAGACGCUACCCAGAUCCCCAGAUCCAGAUACAAGCCUGGCCCUGGCUCUUCUACAGAGGCCCGAGGCUCCAUGGACCACUUCUCUCAGGGUCUGGUUGAUACGGAGGUGCAGCUGGGGGAAGCUGCUGUACUUUCCUGUACCCUCACCAGUGACCUGGGACCUGGCACCUGGUUCAAGGAUGGAGUCAAGCUCCCUGCCUGCGAUGGGGUCGUGUUUGAACAAGAUGGGCUCACACACAGGCUGAUCCUCACCCACGUGGAGGGGACCCAGGCUGGGAGAUACACUUUUGUGGCCGGCAGACAGCACACUGAGGCCAGCCUGGCUGUGCAGGAUCCCCCCACCAUUGCUCCCGAUGUGACAGAGACACUGAGAGAGCCCCUGGUGUUCAAGGCUGGGAAGCCAGUGGUUGUGAAGAUUCCCUUCCGGAGCCACCUCCCUGUUCGGGCUGUGUGGAGAAAGGAUGGGGACGAGGUGGUGGGCAGCAACCGCAAGGGCGUCCAUGUGGCUCUGGGGGAUGGCUACACGCGACUGUGCCUCCCCAGCGCGAGCCGGAAGGACAGUGGUCUGUACAGCGUGACACUGAGCAGCGAGGGAGGCUGCGUGCAGGCUGAGUUCACCCUGCAAGUUAUAGAAAAGCCUCAGCCCCCGCAGGGACCCCUGGAGGUACAGGAUCGCCACAGAGCAGGCGUCUGUCUCCGCUGGCGGCCCCCAAGGGAUGAUGGGGGCCAGGCCAUACAACACUACGUGGUGGAGAAGCGACAGGCUGGAAGGAGCACUUGGCUGAAGGUGGGCGAACCCCCACCGGACAGUACCAGCUUCACCGACACCAGCGUGGAGCAGGGCAGGAAGUAUGCCUUCCGUGUACGGACUGUGACCUCAGAAGGAGCCGGGGAUGCCCUGGAGUCUGAGGAGGUGUUGGUGGCUCCUGAGGCUCUCCCAGGGCCCCCGUCUGCCCCAGACAUCUUGUCGGCCUCCAGCCAGAGUAUCACUCUAACGUGGGCGGCCCCGCGGGGCCCUGGCAGUGCCCACAUCUUGGGCUAUCUGGUUGAGAAACGCAAGAAGGGGAGCAACACCUGGAUGACCGUGAACGAGCAGCCUGUGGCAGAAAGGAGGUGCACCGUGGUGGAUCUGCGGCAGGGCUGCCAGUAUGAGUUCCGGGUUAGGGCUGUGGCUCCCUCAGGCCCCGGAGAGCCUGGGCCUCCGUCGGAUGCUGUGUUUGCGCGAGAUCCCAUGAGACCUCCAGGGCCUGUUCGGGAUCUCCGGGUUACAGACACGUCUAACACCAGCAUCACCCUGAGCUGGACGAGACCAGACACCCAGGAUGAUGAUGAAGCCCAGGGGUUUAUCGUGGAGUUGUGUGACUCAGACAACCUUCAGUGGAGCCCAUGCCAUGUGGGCACUGUGCCAGGCACCACCUUUACAGUCAAGGGGCUACGGCCCCAAGAAGGCUACUUACUGCGGGUGACGGCAGUUAAUGAUGGGGGCCACGGGCAAGCCACUUGCCUGGACUCAAUCGUUCACGCCAUGCCUGCUGCUGUCUUUCCCAAGUUCCUCAUGGACUCCAGUACAAAGGAUACACUGACCGUCAAAGCUGGGGACAGCAUUCGAGUUCCUGUCUCCUUUGAAGCUGCCCCCAUGCCUGAGGUGACCUGGCUGAAGGAUGGCUUACCCUUGCCCAAAAGAAGCGUGACCACCGUGAAGGAUGGCCUUGCCCAACUUCUGAUUCCUGCAGCUAGCCUCUCGGACCGUGGCCAAUACACUGUGAUGCUCAGAAACCUACAGGGGAAGGAGGCCACCUACAGCUUCUCCAUCAGUGUGGCAGCAUGCCCACAGGCACCGGGACCCGUCUCCCUGCAGGAGAAUGUGCCCGGGACAGUGACGGUCCAAUGGGAACCCUCUCCAGAUGAGGCUCAGGGCAUCCCCUUGUACUAUACAGUGCUGAUGCGCUCCUCGGUUCACGGAUCCUGGUGUGAGGUGGCCAACCGUGUCCACACCAACCGCUUCACCCUUCUGGGGGUCCUCCCUGGCCAUGAGUACCACUUCCGGGUGCUGGCCAAGAAUGAACUGGGGGCCAGCAAACCUUCAGACACCAGUCAACCCUGGUGUAUCCCCAGGCAGAGAGAGAAGUUCACAGUGAAGGCUCCAACGUACCGGGAACCCAACCUGAGCCAGAAGCCCCGCUUCCUGGUGGGUCUGCGGGCUCACCUGCUGCCCCAGGGCUGUGAGUGCCGUAUGACCUGCGCUGUGCAGGGCUCACCGCGGCCCCAUGUCACCUGGUUCAAGAACAACCAAAGCUUGGACAGAAACCCCGCGCUGUACAGCACUGACAUGCUGGGUGUGUGCUCCCUCGUUAUCCCCAGUGUGUCCCUUAAGGACAGUGGCGAGUACAAGGCUGUGGCCGAGAACCCACUGGGUCAGGCUGUCAGCAGAGCCACCCUCAUUGUGACAGAAUGCAACUCCUAGCCCCACUUGACCUGGAAUCCUAGCCUUGCCCCACCCCACAGCCCCAAGAUGGAUGUCACCUCUCUGAAGCUUUACUCCUGAUGCCAACACUGGCCUGAGGAGCCAGUCCAGAAUGUCAGUGGAUGUUCCUCUGUGAGAUAGGAACAAGAGGGCUUCUGGUGAGAUGUGACCAGAAGGGCCAAGUUGAUGGGGAAGUAGAAGAAGGGUGGGGGGUAUGGUAUUGAGUGGAAUCACUCUAGAUGGAGCUCCAGAGAGAGUGGUCCACGGGGUGGAAGCUGAGCUCACUCUGACCACAGGAAAGUCAUGGAGGAUGGAGGCCUGGGUGAGGGCAUCGAGGAU